AUGCGGUUCGAUGCGAAAAGCGUGACGAUCGAUGUGACGUCAUUUACUCCGCGCGAUGCGCUGCAGACGCUGGAGAAAUAUAUGCACGAGGGGGCGAAGUAUCAUCAACUGAGAGGCAUCGUGGCGAACUGGUUCGCGGAGGUUGUCCCUGAGCCGGCGACAUUCGUCGUUGAGUUCGUCGAAAUCGUGUUCGUCCGGCUGAGCGAGCACGGUUACAGAGAGACAGAGGAUGACGACGGAGACGCCAUGGUGUGCAUGUACUUGAUGUUAGAGAGCUUGGGCCGUGUGCCAGGAGCGAGGGAAGGCCGCACUCGCCGACGUUUCGCAACCAACGUCACGCGCGGGGUCGUGAAGUCGGAUCGCGCUCGCGCUCGCGCUGGAAAGUUGGUUAAAUUGGCGAUUACAGAUAUCACAGAACUUAGUAUUGCGCCAGUGCGCCCAGUGGUGCGACUCAUCGAGACGUUUGGCCUCGAGUUGGAAGACUUGAGUUUUGCGAGUCGUGACGAGGCAAGUGAUGCAGUGACACGUUACAUCAACGAGCAGAUCGAUCGGGGCAAGCAGCGCUCGGCCAUGGCGCUCGUGUUUCACUUCAAUUUGGACCAAUUUGCGACGUUUGAAACGCUUCUUGGCUUGGUACAGGCGAAGGAAUAUACGAUCGCGCUUGAGUUCGCUUCCAUGGAACCUCGCCUAACAAAACAGUGGAUUGAGCUGUGUAUCAAUGAUGGUGUAGAGAACCACAAUCACGCGUCGCUACGCAACGCAUAUAAAGCCGUCACUACGUUUAAGUUAGAACAUGAGUUUCCCGACGUGCGAACGGUAUAUUACAAAUCAACUAUUUCAAGAAUGAUUGGAAAAGGGAGUUUUGAAGCGGCGUUAAGACGCGCUGGUUCGGAUGAAGAACUGCAACGGUGGGUCGUGGAGUCUCUCGCUGCGACGGAUCAGUUUGAGUACGCCGUCGAAUACGCAAAUCGCUGCGGACUAUAUUUCAACUGUGAUGCAAACGAGUUGGCCGAGAUACAAGCGCGUCGUCGAGCAACUUUUUUUCAGUUGCCACGGCAUCUUGAUGGUGCGUGCGUCUUUGUAGACGACGAGAAAAGCUUACUUGAGGCGUCACACCGGUACCUUUGGAAUCAAGGUAUGAUCGGAAUUGACACAGAGUGGGGAGCAGACGUGGGAGAGGAUGCGGAUAACGCCGAUCGUAGCGGGGAUGAGGUCGCAAUACUGCAGAUAGCGUCCCAGCUCGGGGUGGUGAUUUUGGACGUCCCCAAGCUUCUGUACUCUUGUCCGGACACCUUGGAGACUACCAUCGGGAAGAUGUUCGAAGACGAGGAGGUUUUAAAGUUAGGGUUUGCAGUUCAAGAGGACCUUCGACGGUUGUCUAAGUGUCACAAGGCGUUUAAGACCGUGCAAGGGGUCGUUGAUUUACAGAAGCUAUGGAAAUUGCUCGUCUCGAAAGCGCGCACACGCAGCGUCUCUGCUCCUUGGUCGACCGAGGCCGAACUUUUGCGGUAUCAACCCGUGGGUCUUAGUGCUUUAGUGGCUGCCGUGCUUGGAAAACCACUGGACAAGAUGAUGAGGAUGUCCGACUGGAGCCGUCGCCCGCUGACGCAGUCGCAAAUGGAGUACGCCGCUCUCGACGCAUGGACUCUCGUCGAGGUCCAUCGCACGUUGCUCGAGGCUCACGGCGCACACUACUCUCCACUCCUCGAGCGAGUGCGUAAAUCGUACGACUAUACGCGUUAG